CAAUACUGCUUCCGGGUUGUGCCCACUUGAAAAUCUCGUGCAUUAGCUGACGUAACGCGAGAAUUUUAUGUCACUUUUAGCGCGGAGUUUGCUGGCGGAAAAAUACUCUCCCUGAUGCAGUUCUGGACGGACAGAAUGGCGAUGUCCCCUGUCUGCAGUGAAAGCUUUAUCACCGGUGGAAGCGACGUAAGAAAUGACAAAGCUCAAAGAAAAAGGAAUGUUUCACGAGAUGUGGACGUAGACAUUGAGUUCCUUUACAAGUCUAUUCCCCAGGUGGCCAAGGUUUUCCACAUCAUAGACAAAAUUGGAGAAGGUACCUUCAGUUCAGUUUACCUGGGUGAGGCUCAGCUGCGCGAUGGGAGGAAAGAGAUGUUUGCUCUCAAGCACCUGAUCCCGACCAGCCAUCCCACCAGGAUUGCUGCUGAGCUUCAGUGUCUCACUGUGGCUGGUGGCAAAGAGAAUGUGAUGGGGGUGUCCUAUUGCUUCAGGAAGGAGGACCAUGUGGUGAUUGUCAUGCCUUAUAUGGAGCAUCAAGCUAUUGUGGACAUCAUCGGCUCGCUGACCUUUGAAGAGGUGCGUCUGUACAUCUAUCAUCUGUUGAAAGCGCUGAAACACAUCCACCAGUUUGGCAUCAUUCACAGAGACAUUAAACCAAACAAUUUCCUCUACAGCAGGAAAAACCAAACGUAUGCCCUGGUGGACUUUGGCCUGGCUCAGGGAACAGCUGACACCCAGAUCGACCUUUUGAAGGUGGUGCGACCUAAGGCACUGAAUAAAGGUGGAGGGUUCACUGGGAAACAGGACAACACUUCCACCGCUCAGCGGAGCAGAGCAACACACGCACCCCGAGCCCAGACCAAAUCUGGUUCCAAAGCCUUCACCUCACUUCCUGUGCCCUCCAGGCAGUCCACUACUCUGCCACCUUCCUCUUCCUCUUCUUCUACCACCGCCAGCACAACCACAUCUUCCCCAGCUUCUGGGAUAGCACCAGUUAGAAAGACACGUUCUGUCACCGUCACCACCUCCACCUUUUGCACAAAGACCACAAAGGAUUUGAAAGGACUUCGAAAAGAGCAAAGGCCUGUGUUUGGAGAGAAGAACCUGAACAGCUGUCCUCCUGCUGCCUCUCUCACCAAACAAGCUGUGGCCGUAAGGAGGGAGAUUGUAAAGCCUGUGAAAACACAGGACCCAGCCAUCCGCAGGCAUUUGUUGACCAGUCGUCUGCCCCCUGCUGUCAGGACCCAGAGCAGCAGUCAGAGACCACAUCGGUCUGUGCAGCAGAGCUUCACGUGCAGCUGCUACAUGACUGACCGCAUCUGCAACAUCUGCAUGUCCAGGAAGCAGCAGGUGGCCCCCAGAGCUGGAACUCCAGGCUUUAGAGCCCCUGAAGUCCUGACCAAAUGUCCCAACCAAGGCACAGCCAUUGACAUGUGGUCAGCGGGUGUGAUCCUGCUCUCCCUGCUCAGUGGACGUUAUCCCUUCUUCAAGGCCAGCGAUGACCUGCUGGCCCUCACUCAGAUCAUGACCAUACGAGGCUCCAAAGAAACCAUACAGGCUGCCAAGUUGUUCGGCAAGGCAGUGAUCUGCAGUCGGGAGUUACCGCGCCAGGAUCUGAGAAUCCUGUGCGAGACACUCAGAGGACAAAGACCGUCGACAGAAAAGGAGAAAACUCAUCAGGAACCCUCACACAGCAGCAGCAGACGGACCUCAGAGACUGAGGACGACGCUAAGGGCUUUGACCGAGUCCCUGGUGAGGCCUACAACCUGCUGGACCGCCUGCUGGACCUGAACCCUGACACCAGGAUCACAGCUGCUGAGGCGCUCCAACAUCCACUGUUCCAAGACCUGCAGGAGGAACUUUAAUAGGAGAGAUGACAGUAACGUAAAAGUGUGUUUACAUUGGCUGUUCACCUUUUUUUUUUUUUUCAAAUAUGUGUAUAUAUAGUAUUUGUACAUAUGCAAGUGUGUGUGUAUAUACAUUUUUUUACUACAUUAAUGUAAUUCAGUUCCUAUUAGAUGUUAAAUUAUUACCACUGAAUUUAUUUAUUUAUGUAAUAAAGACAAAACUGACCCAA